AUGAACUACAUCAAGUCGACAGUCAACACGCUUCGCGACCGGUACACGCCGGUGACGCACACCUCAACCUUCCGAACCACCGGCCAGAUCACGCCAGAGGAGUUUCUCGCGGCGGGCGACUACCUCGUGUACAAGUUCCCGACCUGGUCGUGGGGCGACGCCGACGACGAGAGCCGCCGCGUCAGCUACCUUCCUCCAGGCAAGCAAUACCUCGUCACCCGGAAUGUGCCAUGCCAUCGCCGCUUGAACGACGACUUUGCUGGCGACGCUGGGCAUGAAGAAGCGCUGGUUAACGACGGCGACGAUUUCAAGGGCGCCGAGGGAGCCGCCGAUGACGAUGGGUGGCUGAGGACCGGUGGCCUGGCGAGCUCGCAGCCGUUGAAAGCAAGGGACGUCCGAACGGUGGACGAUGCGGGUAACGUGACAGAAUCUACGGACUUGGAUGACGACAUUCCGGACAUGGAAGAUGAAGACGACGACGAGGCCAUUAUCCGCGACGUCGGGUCCGAUUCCAGUACCAGUGGCCGCCGAACGUAUACGCUCUACAUCAUGUACACGCCGUACUACCGAACUCCGCGCCUGUAUCUGUCGGGUUACCUGCCUAACGGCCAGCCGCUCCCCCCGCAGAGCAUGAUGGACGACAUCGUGGGCGACUAUAAGGACAAGACGGUGACGCUCGAGGACUUCCCCUUCUUCGCCAACAACAUUAAGAUGGCUAGCGUGCACCCUUGCAAGCAUGCCUCCGUUAUGAAGACGCUACUCGAUCGUGCCGACGCUGCCCUUCGCAUCCGCCGCGAGAAGCUCCGCGCCGGCAAGACGGUCGGCACGGACCCUGGUAUGGAAGGCCUCGUCGAUGAGCUGGGCAAGCUGGACGUCAAGAGCGCCCAAGAAGCCGCCGAUAAGGACGAGUGGGAGGAGGUGCAGGGCAUCGACGCUGAGGAGCAGGAGGUGGCCAUCCGCGUGGACCAGUAUCUGGUCGUCUUCCUAAAGUUCAUGGCGAGCGUCACACCCGGCAUCGAACACGACUUCACGAUGGGCGUAUAA